GUGCAGGGCCUAUCGAGGUUUCAGUUUAUUUUUCCUAUUUUCUAUCAAGUUUCAAGCUUAUUUUUCGAAUUUUCUAUUGAGUAAUUCGAGGUGCCAUCUAUUUGUGAGUUCCUAUUUCGCAUCAGGUACAAUUUUUUGGAGGAAAAUGGCAGAAUACCGUGGGGAUGAGCGAUACCAGAAGCAUGAGCACGGUUAUGAGCAAGGGCAACCAGGCUAUUAUGGUGGGACCGUCACCGGCACCGGCACCGGAGCAGGCACCGGAGCCGGUACGGGUACUGGUGGCGUAAUGCUAGGUACAACCGGCGCUGGUAUGAUGCAUGGCACUCAGCCUGAGCAGCAGAAGCUUCACCGUUCUAACAGCUCCAGUUCAUCCUCCUCGGAGGAUGAUGGCAUGGGGGGCCGAAGGAAGAAGAAGGGGUUAAAGGAGAAGAUCAAGGAAAAGCUCCCUGGUGGUCACAAGACCACAGAAGGACAAGGACAUGAGGCGGGGGCGGGGGUUCACGGGCAUGAGCAUGAGCAUGAGAAGAAGGGCAUUAUAGAGAAGAUCAAGGAAAAGCUGCCUGGUCACCACAAGGAUCAACUCAACGCCUGAACAUUACCAUGUACUAUGAAGGCCCUCUAUUAUAUAUAUGCAUAACAUAAAUAUCCGUAAUAUUAUAAAGUUUUAACUAUAAAUAUCUGUAAUAUUAUAGAGUUUUAACUUGUUAUAUGUAUUACUUAUGAAUUCUGGACUUGGAUAAGUUUAGUGUUAGGGAAUCGUGUUUAACUUUAUAAAUAAACCAGUCUUUAUGUACUUAAAGACGGUGGAGUUCGUUUUA